UUCCUCUUUCAAAACUGAAAGCUACAGAUUUGAUCAUGUCAAAGCUGACCGUAACGCUUACUGUGAUGUCCAUACUUCAUUGUGUGGCCUUCUCAUAUGGGGCCGUACAUGUUGCUAGAGACAUGUUCAAGGCCGCUGUGUACGGACAUGCAGUGAUUUUACCCGCUGACCCCAUGACCAACGUAUCACGUGACCAAGCGGUAACUAACAUGCAGAAAAACGUCGAGGUGUACAGAGCUCAGGCACAGAGAGCAGCAUCACAGAGCGCUGAUAUCAUCGUCUUCCCAGAGGAUGGUCUGUACGGCUUUACUUUCACCCGCGAGUCCAUUUACCCGUACCUGGAGCAAAUCCCCGACCCUAGGGCCGAGUCCUGGUCACCCUGCCACGCCCCUGACCGCCACCCCAACACAGACAUCCUGAGGGCGCUCAGCUGCGUCGCCAUGGAAACCAAGCUGUACCUCGUGGCCAACAUGGGCGACAAGCAGCCUUGUGACGUCACAACAGACCCCAGCUGUCCACCAGACGGACGGUACCAGUACAACACGGACGUCGCGUUCGGACCAGACGGCACGCUGUUGGCGCGAUACCACAAGUUCCACCUGUUUUACGAGGCCCAGUUCAACACACCGGAAGCGGAAAUCAUUUAUUUCGACACGCCUUUCGGCCGGUUCGGGCUGAUGGUGUGCUUUGAUGUGCUGUUUUCUGAGCCCGGGGUGACGAUGGUGCUGAAGAACAACAUCUCCAACAUCGUCUUCCCCACCGCCUGGAUGGACGCCCUGCCCCUGCUCUCUGCCAUCGGGUUCCAUUCCUCCUUUGCUCGCGGGCUAGGGGUGAAUUUCCUCAGUGCCAACAUUCAUUUACCGGAAAAGAGAUUCCACGGCAGCGGUGUGUACACGCCAGAUGGGAUGAAAGUUUCCUACUACGGGGCGACUAACACGACACAACCCAAGCUAUUGCUGGCUGACGUUGAUGUCUUGCAGAUUCCCAAACACAAUAUAUCGGCGUUUCUUGAUGAACUGUCAUAUAAAGAUGAACAAAAUCGAGUAAUUACAACCGGCACUCCCCAAGAUGAGUUUAAAUCUCUUUUAUUUUUCGAUGAAUUUACAUUCCGGUCUUUGGAAGAACCGUCAGGAGAUCUUUCCGUUUGUCAAAACGAGAUUUGCUGUCAUCUUGAUUUCGCCAUGAAUCAAAAUGAUUUCGGCCGAGAACUUUUCGCUUUUGGCGCUUUUGAUGGUCUGCAUACAUACGAGGGCCAGUAUUACUUCCAGAUCUGCGCCCUGGUCAAGUGUGCUGACGUCAGCAACAAAUCUUCCUGCGGGGCGGUAACUAGCACGACGUCCACCAGUUUUCUGGCCGUCCGCAUGUCGGCAGACCUCCAGACGCCGUACGUCUACCCCCAGGUCGUCCUGUCGGACCCCCGGGGAGAGCUGCAGCUAGCGGAGGCUGCAAGCUGGAGCUUCAGCGGUCACUCCCUCCACACCGGCCCCUCCUUCAACCACACGCUUCUCUCGGCUGCUCUAUUCGGGCGUGUCUACUCGCGUGAUAACGACAGCAGAAGUGACAUUGGCAUAGAUUUAAUACUUACAGCUGGUCACAUUGAUAGAAACAACGGUGGUGUAUCGCUGAGAGCUGAACCUUUCCACGGUUAUUUCUUUUCAUUUUUGUCUAUCAUAACACAUGCAAUUUUGCUUUUCUUUUGAAAACCUUUAGUUUAAUUUUCUAUAUAUUGUUUGUAUAAGCAAACACAAAUCCUUUUAACAUGGUCAUAUGAGCUAUAGCUUCUUCAACAACAACAAAAAAUUACUAUUAACCUUAUAUAUAACCUCUGUACAAUAAACAAAAAUUAACC